UUGGUUUUGCACUCUGCUUGGUUUCAACCAGGCGGAUCGCCAUUCUACUACGCCACCAGAUAUGAUAAGAAUAGUCUCAGUUUUCAUAACCAAAUUCUUUCUGUUAUUAUGUCCCGCGUGUAUUGUGAUCAUUUUCGCAGGUCUUCCCAUGGCGAAUAGUUCAAACCUCUCUCACCGAGAGACUCUUGAAUGUCAGACGAGGAAAGAGAGGAGUUGCAGGAACAUCACACUAGGCUUGUGCAAGGGCGAGUGGCUGGGACCUCGCACAGUUUGCCUACUUUAGGUAGAGCAUGUUGCCUUUAUUUCACACUAAUAAAAUCAGAAAACCUAAAAC